AUGCAACUGCUGCUCUGUUAAGAUGCAUCUUCAUCAAUUCGAUGUGAAUGCCAUAAAAUGCGCUUGGGAGUUUGUGGCAGCUGAGAAGAAUAGAGAUAUUGAUACGUGUAGAAAUGGAUGGAAGUCUAUAAGGGACAGCUACCGGUAUGUCGAGAGAGUCGCCAAGAGUGGAAGUGCUGGAGGAGUUCCCAUUGAAGGUCCAGUUUCGAGUGAUAGCGUUCAUUGGAGAUUCGCUCCACACAUGGAGUUCCAACCCUACCUUUCCUCGCAAAGACUGAGACGAACAAGAAGAAAAAAGAGAGCAGCGUCUUUGCAACUGAACAUGUCGUGGGAAUACUGGAAAAGCUCGCCCAUAAUGAGGAGCCUGCACAGAUAAGGCCCGCCUUUUUGUACUGGGAAACGUACUUGGGGAAACUGACAGCGAAGAAAGUCAACGAAGUGAAAAAAAAUGACCAUCGUAUUAUUUAAAAAUAUUGAGUUCAUGCAAAUAGAGAAAUAUAAA